AUGGUUUGGAAAUGUAUGUUUGUUCUUUCAAUAUUUCUUCACUUUGGUUUAACUGCUGAAAAACAAAAGAAGAAAGAUCUAACAAGUUAUACAGAUGCUGAUCUCGAAAAACUCUAUGAUGAGUGGGAGGAGAACGAUGAUGAGGAAUUAGAGGAAGACGAAAAGCCGGAGCACAAAAGAAAGCCACCGCAAAUGGACUUAGACAGUAUGAAAGCAAAAGCAAAAAAUCCUGAAGAUCUUCUAAUGAUGUCGAAAAAAGGGCAAACGUUGAUGCUUUUCGUUGGAGUAUUGGAUCCAGCAGAACCUGGGCGAACGGAUAUUCGCCCGUUUACGGAAAAAUGGACUGCUCUGUGGCAGUCUCAACUUUAUAACAAUCAUGUAGACCUUCAAGUAUUCGUCAUUGAUGACAAUCGGGCUAUAUUCAUGUUCAAAGACGGAGAGCAAGCAUUUGAAGCGAAGAAGUUUUUAUUGAAUCAAGAAUAUGUGACAGAAGUAACAAUUGAAGGACAAAGCUUUGACGGACCUGCAAAGAACUUGAAAACUGCUAAAAAGGAGCUUUAA